AGCGCAUUCGCGUUCCCUACGGCGCGGCGGUUGAACCUGGGCCGCUCUGGGAAGGCGGUUGCGAUGGCUGGCUGCAAUGUUAAUGCGGCGUCUCCCCCAAUCGAGUUGACUCCGCUUAUCCGGAAACUUCGGCACGAGCUGUCUGAAAUCAGAGAAAGAGCGCUUAAGAACAUUUUAUCUAAAUUAAAUCAUAAUUUGAUUACGUAUGACGAUUUGGUUCAAGAAAAGCUACUAUUUAUCAGCCUUUUAGAAUGGUUCAAUUUUCCUGUUGUACCUAUGAAGGAAGAAGUUUUGGACUUAGUGACCAACUUGUUAAAGUGUCCUUAUGUUGUGGAACAAUUGGUUGGGAUUGGGGCAGUAGAGUUCUUCACUCAGCUUCGUCCCAAUGUGGAUGCUAGUCUUCAAGCAGUGAUUGAUGGGAUUCUAGAUGGUCUGUUUGUGUUACCUUCAGACGUUAUCUUGGAUUAUCACACAAAGCUCUCUGAAGCUGGACCAGAAGCUAAUCCAGGUAGCCCUCAACUUACAACCAUUUGUCUGAAGACAGUUCAACAUUAUGAGACUGAAGAAAAUGACUUACAACCAGUACUCACGCUUACAACAGUAAUUCUCAAAGAACCUCAUGCUGGAUAUUUUCAUCAAGGAAAAAAUCAUUCACAAGAGUCAGAAACACCACCCAAACAGCCAACUGCCAAAUUGGGCUAGUGAUUUGAGGAGCCUGCAGCUGGCUUGUGGAGUCAACCAUUGGAGCGCGAUUCUUCGACUCGCAAGUAUACUUCCUA